AUGACCAAACGACUGAACAGCAGCAACCCGACAGGUCGUGUGUGCGGAUCCAAUGAGAGCCGUACGGUGCCUGGCAAGCCUCCAAGUGACGGAAUGCUUUUGCUGCUCGGGUCCAUCACCGGCUCCUCUCCUGCCCCAGGGCAUCCCAGUGAUAGCCGAGCCUUGGGAGAGCCCCGCUGUCACCGUAAUCACCUCGUAUUUGUCAUGGUGCGAGCUUAUUUUGGGGGCCUUUUGUUUGAAGGGUGCAACAAGGCCUUCUCUCGACUGGAGAACCUGAAGAUUCACCUGCGGAGCCACACCGGGGAGAAGCCCUACCUGUGCCAGCAUCCCGGCUGCCAGAAAGCUUUCAGUAACUCCAGCGACCGGGCCAAGCACCAGCGCACUCACCUGGACACGAAGCCCUACGCCUGCCAGAUCCCCGGCUGCGCCAAGCGCUACACGGACCCGAGCUCCCUCCGCAAGCACGUGAAAGCGCACUCGGCCAAGGAGCAGCAGGUCCGGAAGAAGCUGCACGUGUGUGCCGAGGUCCAGCAGGACGUCUUGAACGAGUGCCUGGCGCUCCCGCAGGUCCACGCGUCCUCCCAGCACAGCCUGGAUGGCAAAUGUGCGCGGCCGGCGGGCCACGAGCUGCUCCCAGGCAUGUUCCCCGGCUCCGCUCACUCUCAGAACGGACUCCCAGCCGGCAUCCUGCCCGCCUCUCAGGACGGCUCCUCCAGGCACCACCCGCUGGACUCCUCGGCCCUGGCCGGCCCCCCCCCCCCACCUGUCCCCGCUGCCUGCAGCCGAGAGCACCAGGGAAGGACUCACUCCAAACAUCCUCACUCCUCUGAAAGCAUUCAUCCCGCCUGCCCUGCUGCAGAAACACCCCCUGCCACCUGCACAGACCCAUCCCCCUGGGGGGCAGCCCUUCCCCACACUUUCUAGCAAGCCGUACCAAGCGUUCCAGAACCCAGCAGCAGCAGCAGCACCUCCUCUGGCCCCGCAAGGCUACCAAGGCAGCUUCCAUUCCAUCCAGAACUGUUUCCACUACGGCGACUGCUACAGGGCCGUGGGGCCGGCCGGCAGCGGCGGGGACGGCCUGGCGGGAGAGCCCCACGGCUUUAAUCCUCUGCGGUCCAACGGCUA